AUGUCCGGCGCUGAACCAACCGGAGUGCUUGCAUCAUUUCGUUCCAUCCGGAAGAUUUGGGAAGAGCGAGAUUCAAAGAAGGACGGGACAAAGGAAGCGGUUACAAAGACUAAUCCGCAGCUACCCCCACCUUCGCCAUCCUCCAAAUCACACCAAGACCCUUCCGCUGAUCCCUUUCAUCUGUAUGGUUUCUCACUGCAAGAGGAAGCCGGUUCUGGUAGUACGAAUAUUCAGAUCAAGAAGGUCGCGCGAGGCGGGAUGGCAGACUUGGCGGGAGUUAUCUUCCCAGGAGACAAGGUCUUGGAAGUCAACGGGAUUGACGUCAGGGAUUGGCCUCUAGACAAAGUGAGCAUGGCGAUAUCCUUGGAUCCCUCUCAGUUGAAGACUGAUCUCCAGGUUUACCCGCUCAUGUCCGAGGAGCGCUGCGGACUGCUCCUGCGCCUCUCGUUACAGAGGAUCGGGUUCGAAGACUGUAUCAAAGUAGAGCUGGACGGCAGACCGAAGGGAAAGGCUGCUGGGGAACAGCAAGGGGCUGUGGAAUCAGAUCCUCCCAGGAACCAGGGUAUGCCUCAUGAGGAAACAAUGACGGCAAACAAUUUAUCCGAGCGGGAACAACCCAUGGAUGACGACGAGAAUAGUGAAGAUCGUACAAGCACAAUCCGAAACUACAAGACGCGGAUCCAAGAGCUGUCUUAUGAGCUUGAAGAAGCACACGUCUCGACAGCGCAACACUCGAAAAAACUCGAAGAACUUUUCAGGUUGUCUUCUCAAAAGGACGAAACAAUCAAAGAGUUGAAGGACACUGUGAGGAGCUUGCAUCUCAAACUUGAACAAGCCUCCACCAACGUGUUGCCAGACUCCGAGCAGACGGCAUACAAGUCGGAGGAUAACGCUAAGAUCGCUGAGCUCAUGUCUGAGAACAACAAACUUCGUCAAGAGUUAGAGAGGCUCUCGUUACACGAUCGACAAGUUGACGAUUUGCCGGAGGUUCGAGAGUACAAGUUACAGUUGAUAGAAAAGAGUGCAAAGCUACAAGAGCUUGAGAGUGAAUGCGCGAGUCUGAAGAGAAACAAUGUGAUUCAAGCCGUGGAGCUGCAGGAAUUACAUGAUCACAUCUCGGGGAUGGAGAAGCAAACACAAGCUCUCCAGAACCAACUGUUUCCUCCUCUUCCACCACUUGGAAUCAUCCAGGAAGUUCCUUUUGACGACUUGUUGGAGGAGGAUGACAAGCUCAGGGCGAUGAUUCUAGCUGAUGAAGCACUCGGCAAAGCACAACAAGAGAUCACCAUGUUGAAGCAGAACGAGAAUCAAAGGAAAGAGCUCGAGUAUCUCUACAUGAUUGCACAGGAUGAGAUUUCACAACUGAGGAACGAGAUGCAAUUGUAUCAAAGUAGUCAGCACCGUUCCGAACCAAGUGAAGCAUUGAUUCAUGAGCUACAAACUUUGAGGAUGCAGAAUUCUGCUUUGACCGAAGAAAUGAAUACAGCCAAGGAGCAGAUUUCUUAUCUGGAGGAUCAAGCUUCGGAGAUUGAAAGACUGAAGGCCAGCAACCUUACUUUGGAGUACAGCAAACGCAAACUAGAGGAGCUCUUGGAAAUCGGCCAACAGAACUAUGACAUGUAUGCCUCUUCUAGAAGAGCUAAGAAGAUGAUAGGUCAAGGUGUGCAUGAUAUCAAGGAGCUUGAAAGUGUCAUGCAAGAGAUUGCUGAAGUUGAGGGCAUGUUGGUUGCUCUGAUUCAAGAGAAGUUAUCCCCGGCUGAUGAGGCAAAUCUGGGUGAAAGUGAAGAAGCGCUGCAACGACAAGACGUGCAGCCUUGCCUGUCCCUGUGCUCAGACAGGCUGAAGAAGCUUGUGGAAUCCUUGAAGCACAAGGUCGAAGCCUCCUGGACCCCGGGGUCUGAUCAGAGCUCUCCCUCGGAGCGUGGGCCCCAUGGCGCGGCUCCCCCAGUGAAGCAUCAUCCCAUCGAGUCUGCCCUUGAGAUAGAGCAGCUGCUUGUGCAGAUUCACGACCUACACAUGGAGAACGACAGGAUCAAGACGCUGCUCGAGCAGAAGUCGCAGGCCUACGUCGAGUCCCAGAGCUCGUACUCCAGCUGCAGCCUACCACCGUUGCUGACGUGGGACGUUUGCAGGCUGGCAGCCGCUCAAAACCACUUACAGGCGGUGAUGGCGAAGUACGAGGGUUCCAAUCCCUCCAGUCCCCUCGUGCUGUCUCCUCAGAGCCCUUCUGACGCUCUCUACAUGCCCCAGGAGCUUCAGGAGCGCUUCACCAAGUUUGACAGGCAAGUGAAGGAGCUCAAGAAACAGCUCGAAGCGGAGCGAGCUCGGAGGAUCCAGCUAGAAGAAUCCUCUGCUGCGAACGCGUCGGAGCCAUCGGCUGCGACAGAGUACUCAGCAAGGAUGUUCGAGUCUGUGGUCUUCGAGAAGAGGGUGUUGACCGAGGAGCUUGACGAGUUGCGUGAGGAGAAGCGUUUCCUUGAGAGGUGCCUCACUGAUGCCAGGAUUGAGGCUGGGCGGUUGGAGACUGAGAACAAGGAGUUAAGCCAAGGUCUGCACGACUGCCAGAUGUCGCUCGCCAAGAUGGAGGGCAAGUGGAAGGCUGCGCAAUCGCGAAUCACAAGCCUGGAGAAGGAGAUUCAGAUGAAGAACACUGAAGUGUUCUCGGUCACAGAAGAGGUCAAGCGGAUGCGUCAAAAUGUCAUUCAGAAUGACUCUCAGGCAGAGUUGGAGAACAAGACUUUGCGGGAUGAGCUAAAGUUUUACAAGGAAGAGAAUGUCACGCUUAAGAAUGAGAUUCAAGAAUGCAAUCAGAAGCUGGCAGACCACAGGAAAGAGAUCGAGCAAUGGUACACCAACUUCGACGACAACUACAACAAGUGUAAAGAUGACCUCAAGGAGAAGGAGGAGGAGCUUUCGAGAGUCGCGAAGGAGAUCAACGAGCUGAAGGAAGCGAUCAACGCGAAAGAAGCGGCCAUGGGUCAGAAGGAGCACAAGAUGGGCAUCCUGGCAGAUCAACUCAAGACGCAGAAGGAGCGGACGCUCAAGGCUGAAGCGCGAGCUUCUCAGGCUGAGGAGCAGCUGGCAAGCAUCUUCUCGGAGCAGUCGAACGACUUCCGCUCCAUGGACGAGCUGAGCUCGAGAUACAAGGAGCUCAAGGAGCACAGCCUCGAGCUCCAGGCUGAGCUGAGCAGCAAGCAGAUCGAGCUGGCCGUGACAAUCGAGAAGAAGGACAGCGCCAUCAGCUCACUGCAGACGAUGAAAUCCAAGUUGGACAAGAGCAUGGAGCAGAUCGAGGUGCUCAACAACUACAUCCGAAGCAUUCAUGGCAACAUGGAGCUGGUCAAUGUGCCGCCCCAUCACCUUCAUGAGAACACCAUGCCCAACAACCUUGCGACGUGGAGCCCUGAGCCAGCGACGAGAAGAACAACGAUGAUGUGA